AUGCAGAGCCUCCUCCUGUGUCUGUGUGCAGCGUGCGUGGCGUCGCUCCACGCGCCGCGUGGGCCACCGUUGCACGCUAUACGUGGCGAGCGGCUGCGCACCACGCUGCACAGCACGCCUGCGAGACGUUUUGCUGCACAACAUGCCACACGCAUCGAUACGCGGCUGCACGCGACACGCAUCGAUGCGCCCGCGACAGCCGUGCCGCGACGGCUGGCGUUCAGAGCGGCUGCCGCAGCGGCAGCGCUGGCGGCGAGGCCGUCGAGCGCGCACGCUGUCACGACGAUCCUCGCCGAUGCCGACGCCAUCGACCAGCCGCCGACCGACCAGCGAAGGUAUCGGCUCGUCGCACUAAGCAACGGGUUGAGAGCCCUACUGGUGUCCGACGAAACGGCAGAAACGGCCGCUGCCGCGCUCGACGUACAUGUGGGUUAUGCGUGCGACCCAGCCGAUCGGCCGGGCGUCGCCCACUUCUGCGAGCACAUGUUAUUCCUGGGUAACAAGCAGUACCCACGGGAAGGCGCCUUCGCCGAAUACGUGCAGCGGCGGGGUGGGAGCUCGAACGCCUACACGGCUGCCGAAGACACGUGCUACCACUUCGACGUCGACGCGACGGAUUUCGAGGGCGCCCUGGACCGCUUCAGUGCGUUCUUCGAGGCGCCGACCUUCUCGCCGUCGGGCGUCGAGCGCGAGCUCGAGGCCAUCGAGAGCGAGGAUUCGAAGAACAAGCUGAGCGACGGCUUCCGCUUGCUCCAGCUCGACCGGUCCGUACGAGGAGAGAAGACGUACAAGAAGUUCGGCACCGGCAACCGCGCGACGCUGCUCCAGUCCGACGAGGCGACGCCGGCGCGCUACGCGGCGCUGCGACGAGUCCUUGUCGACUUCCACGAGACGUACUACACCGCUGAUAGAAUGGCGCUUGUCAUCUUAGCUAGAGAGCCGCUAAACGAUUUACAACGACUGGCCGAGGACAAGUUUGGUCGUCUGCCGCGCGGAUCUGGACCGCGGAACCCGGCCGUGGCGCCGACGGCCCUCGUGCCGCCGACGAACGGCCUCCGGCCCGCGCUGCUCGUCGCGCCGGUCGGGGCCGCGCGCCGCUUGGCUCUCUCGUGGCGCGUGCCGUAUACUGGCGAUACUGACGCCGCGCGGCGCGCCGAAAUCCGAGCGAAGGCGGGUUCGAUAAUAGCCUCGGUGCUCGGCGACGAGGGCGCCGGGAGCCUGCUGUCCUGGGCGCGCGCCGAGGGCUACGCCUCAGGGAUUUCUGCGAGCGCGUCGCCGGACGGCUCGACGGGGCUGCGCCUCGACCUCGCGUACGAACUCACGUCGAAAGGCCUUAACUUCUGGCCCGAUCUCGUCGCGGCGACGGUGGGAGCCGUCGCCCGGCUCCGGGAGAACGGCGUCCCGCGGUACCGCGUCGAGGAGCUCGACCAGCUCGCGGAGCUCUCAUGGCGCUACUCGGAACCAGGAAAAGCCGACGACCUCGCGCGGGGCCUCGUCACGAACGUGCAGGAGGUCGGCUGGGACGCCGCGCCAGAGGAUCAAGGCCGCGUCCUGGCCUUGUUCCGGAGGCGCGGUGCCGGGGCCGGCUCGACGGUCGACGCGCAGCUCGACGCGACACGUGCUUUGCUCGAGACGGGCCUCGUCCUCGAGAACCUGUGUCUGACGGUCGUGGCGCGCGAGUUUCUGCGAAAGGAUAGUUAUUGGCCGCUCCUCACCAAACGCGAGCGCUGGUACGGCACGGCCUACGAAACGUACGCCUUCGACGGCGCCUCGAUACGGCAGCUCCAGAAUUUGAAAGCGCCGCCGCGCGGCGGCGUGACGACGCCGCGGCCGAACCCCUAUCUUCCGCGCGACCUCCGGCUCCGCGCGCCUCCGCCGGAGCCGCGGCCACCCCUAGCCCCUCUGGCGGCCGAAGAUCCGGCGGCGCCGCAGCCUUUAGUUGUCGGUAGUGGCUGGACCGCGUCUUACUCGACGGACCGCGAAUUUGGUCGGCCGCGCGGCGCCGCUUUUUUUAAUGCGCGCGUCGGCGCCAUAGGCGAGUCCCCCGAGAGCUACAUACUGGCGCUGCUCUGGCGGCUCGCCUGCCUCGACAACUUAAGAGAGCGGCUCUGGCCCGCGCGGACGGCCGGUCUGCAGUACGCGCUCGACGUGGGGCCUCGCGGGGUUUCACUUUCCUUCUCGGGCUACUCAGAUGGCCUGGCGGCGCUGGCGCGCGACGUCAGCCAGAGCGCCGCGAAGUUCGUGCCCGACGAGGCGUCGACGGCGCGCCUCGCCGACGUGAUCCGUCGCGACCUCCAGGACAAGUCGAAGCCCUACGUGGCAGCAGGCUUCGCGGCCACGCGCGCUCUCACGCGAGACGGCGCAUUCGCGGACCAGGAGCUUGUCAAGGCGCUCGACACGGUCUUCGCCGACGGCGCCACCGGCGCGGCGGUGCGUGUGAAGGCGUUCGCGCGAGACCACCUCUGGGCGGGCGGGCGGCCUGCGUUCGCGCGGGGCGGCGACAUCCUGGUAGAGGGCAACUUUUUGGAAGCCGAAGCACGCGCGCUCGCGGCCGCCGUCGCAGGCGCUCUGCCGCUCCGGCCAGGCGGGCCGAAUUAUCCGACGCCGCGGGGGCUCGCUCUGCCGAAAGCGCCCGUGGUACUGAGGAUCGGCGCGGAAGAAAUCGGCACGGAAGAAAGGAACUCAGCGGCCGAGCUGCUCCUCGCCGUCGGCUCGGGGCCGCGUGCGGUGGCGCUGGCGUCGGUUUUAUCUGCGCUGCUGAAGCCCCUGUUCUUCGAUGCGUUGCGAACGAAGGAACAGCUCGGCUACGUCGUCCAGCUCGGCCAGCGCGCGUUGCCCGGCGCGGCGCGGCCCGUCGCUCUUGUACUACUCGUGCAAGGGGAGAAGCCACCAACGGUGCUCACGCGCCGCCUGCGGAAAUUCGUCACGACCGAGGCCGCCGCGGCCAUCAGGAACCUCGACGAGAAAACACUCCGAGGCAUUGCCUCCUCGCUCGCCGACCAGAAGCUCGAGCCCGACCGGCGCCUCUACGACCGCGCGGGCCGCCACUGGGAGGAGCUCCGCCGGACGCGCGACUCUACGAUAGAGGGCGCCGCCCUCGCUCUGAACUGGAACCGGCGCUACCAGACGGCGGCCGCCUUGAACGCGCUGACCCUGUCCGACGUCCGCGAUCUCUGGGCGGACGUCGUGUCGGGCGGCAGCUUCGCGGUCGAGGUUUCUAACGCGCCGAUCGACGGUGAUGAAACUGUCGCACGGAGUGCGGAGGAGGUACGCGCGGUGCUCAAGCCCAGCUAG